GACGAAACAACGUUGCCAUAUAGUUACGGUAGUUAGCGAAGAAAUCAACAAAAGCGAAUUAAAAACCUUAAAAUAAUUAAUAAAUGCUCCUGCUGUGACAAUUAACAAACCAAAUCAGUGACCUGGCAUAAUGGAGAUGGCUAGAAGCAUUUUUGGCCGAGAUCAUGAAGGUUACGUGGGACGUGAAGAGCAUACGCGAAAACUGAACGAUCUGACCUCAGCCUCCGAAAAGCCAGACUCCGAUUUAUUACAAUUACCGACAAUGAUGGAGGAACUUAAAGUCUCCGAUGGCCUUCGACCGAGUGCGGGUGGCCCCUUCUCAGCCCUUACGCCCUCAAUGUGGCCCCAAGAGAUUUUGGCAAAGCUGACAGACGGUGAAGCAGAUCUGGGACCCAACGACCCCGAAUAUCGUUUCGAUGAAUUUGGUUUUCGUAUGGAAGAGGAGGAUGGUCCCGAACAAAUAUCAAAUAAAUUGCUUAGCAUUCCAUUCAUUGAGGACGAGCAGCAAAAAAUGCAGUGGAUAGCCCACCUGGAGUUUUCCCACAAUAGUGAGGCUUCUGAAUUGUGUUGGGAGAGUGUUGAACAAAUGCUGCCAAGGACGGAAAAGCUAAGGUCUAUGGUACGAGGAGGCAUCCCACAUACAUUGAGGCCAAAAAUGUGGUUACACCUAUCCGGCGCCUUACUUAAGAAGCAAAAGAGUGAGACAAGCUAUCAAGAUAUUGUGAAGGCCUCCAGCAAUGAUCAGUUAAUGACAUCAAAGCAAAUCGAAAAGGAUCUGUUACGCAUUUUACCCACUAAUGCGUGUUUUAGCCAUCCAAAUGGCACAGGAAUACCACGACUGCGGCGCAUCCUCCGGGGCAUUGCCUGGCUUUUCCCCGAUAUUGGUUAUUGCCAGGGCACUGGAGUUAUUGCGGCUUGCCUGCUACUCUUCAUGGAGGAAGAAAACGCCUUCUGGAUGAUGGCAACUAUUGUUGAGGACUUGCUUCCAGCCUCGUAUUACAGUUCCACUCUACUGGGCAUACAAGCGGAUCAGCGAGUAAUGCAGACUCUAAUUGCCAAUUACCUGUCCGCUGUAGAUGAGUCUUUGAAAAAACAUGACAUUGAGUUGUCUCUAAUCACACUGCAUUGGUUUCUUACACUUUUCGCCAAUGUGGUACAUAUGAAGAUUUUAGUACGUAUCUGGGAUUGGUUCUUUUACGAAGGAUCAAUUGUCCUAUUCCAGUUAACGCUGGGAAUGCUUAAGGUCAAGGAACAGGAACUAAAACAUUUAGAGAACUCUGCCCAGAUCUUUAACUCUUUAUCGGAUAUACCUGGCGAAGUAACUGAUGUGGAGGUACUUUUUCGGCAAGCUCUAGAGGUGGGAGGAUCCCUAAGUCUGACUGUGAUUGAAACUCAUCGUCGUCGUCAUUUGGCUUAUCUGAUGGCCGACCAAGGUCAUCAGAUAGGCAAUCCCGAAGAUGUACCUAAUCUGCCCAAACAACAGUUGGUACGACGUCAGGUCCGUAAAAGCAAAUCCAUUUUGGAGGCAUUCCUCUUCCGCAGCAGUGGAGAUUCAACAGAUGCCGCGCAAGAGCUUAAGAACAAAAAUAUACGUCAGACUGAAAUUCUGGUGGACUUGCGUGAGGCCAUUUUGAAAGUAGGGCGUCAUUUUAUUACCAUCGAGCCUAAACUGGCAGGACACAUUCAGUUGACGGCCAACUAUGGCAGCGAGUCCCAUUCGCGUGAUCAUGAGAACUUUAUCAAUGUGGCCAGAACGCGGAAACGGCGGGCCAAGGCUCUUCACGAUUUCGAGCGUCACGAUGACGACGAGCUGGGAUUUCGACGUAAUGAUAUUAUCACCAUCAUUAGUCAAAAAGACGAGCAUUGCUGGGUUGGUGAGUUGAAUGGUCUGCGUGGUUGGUUUCCUGCUAAGUUUGUGGAACUCCUUGAUGAACGCAGCAAAUUAUAUACAUCAGCUGGCGACGAUGCUAUUUCCGAGACAGUCACUGAUCUUGUACGUGGUACUUUAGCGCCAGCUAUAAAGGCAUUUCUCGAACACGGAAUGCAGCGACCAUCAUUUCUUGGUGGACCCAUUCAUCCUUGGCUGUUUAUCGAAGAGGCCGCAACAAGAGAAGUUGAAAAGGAUUUUGAAUCGGUAUACAGUCGGCUAGUCCUAUGCAAGACGUAUCGUCUGGACGAAGAUGGAAAAGUUUUGACACCAGAAGAGCUGCUCUACCGUUGUGUUCAGGCCAUCAAUCAAACCCACGACGAUGCGCAUGCCCAAAUGGAUGUCAAACUACGUUCUCUUAUUUGCUUAGGCCUUAAUGAGCAGGUACUGCAUCUCUGGCUGGAGGUCCUGUGUGCCAACCAAGAAGUUGUACAAAAGUGGUAUCACUCGUGGAGUUUUAUUGAUUCACCCGGCUGGGUGCAAAUAAAAUGUGAAUUGCGAAUCCUGUCUCAAUUCGCUUUCAAUUUAAAUCCCGACUGGGAACUGCCACCCAAGCGGGGCAAAGAAUCGCAGCCACUUAAGGAUGGAGUUCGAGACAUGUUGGUGAAGCAUCAUUUGUUCUCCUGGGAUCUAUAACAAGCAAAACAUUCCAUCCAUCUCUAUUUAUUUUAUGUGUAUAGAGUUCCGCAGCCCGUAAUCUUGAACAGAAAUCCAAUGGGCAAAAUAUUAUCUCAAUAGGCAGAGCUGCUCGCUUAUUCUCCAUCACUCUGCUUUUCCAAGUGCAAUCUUUUUGAGUUCCAACCACUACCUAAUAAAUAAUGUAUGCAAGUGUAUUACAUAUUGUUUGCAAAUUCUACAAAUUAAACUAAAAUUGUAAUGUACCUUUUUUAAAUUGAAAUCAAAUCUAUCUUAAAAAGCAAAUAUUUAUAAUAUAAACAUAUAUAUAUAAUAUAAAUCUUAUUAUAUACAUAAUUUAUAUGUCUUAAAUGCAUUUUAUUAAUGUUUAAAUAUAAAUAUAUAUAUAUAU